CCUACAGUUCAUUUACCUGAGAAAUAAAGGUAAUAAUAGCCUGGAGUUCCCCAGGUUCUGAGGAGCACCAAAAAAAGUCAUUGUGUGUGCUGUGAUCGCCCAGAUGGCAAGCCCAUAAUUAGGUCUGUGAAAAUACAAGCCAUUAGUGAGCUGCUCACAAAGGAGAAGCAUUUCCAUCGAGCUGGCCCUGCUGCCCUCUCCAAUUUGCCCACAAACACCAAGACAGGCUCCAAGUUCCAAGCUGUGACGAACUGUGGAGUGAAGACCACCUUGGCAGGCAGUGCAUACGCCAUCUCUAAAAGACUAAGCAGGCUGCCAUGCAGGAGAAUGAAUACUCAGGAUACUGGGAGCCUCCUCGGAAGCGCUGCUGCUGUGCACGACGAGGGACACAGCUCGUGCUGGUGGGGUUGCUGAGCACGGCAAUGUGGGCGGCCAUGAUGAUCCUGCUUCUUCUAUGGCACUGGGAAACGGAGAAGAAUCUGAAACAGCUGGGAGAUACCGCCAUACAGAACGUCUCUCAUGUUUCCAAGGACUUACACAGAUACCAGAGUGAUCAGUUGGCCCAGAAAUCCCAGGCUGUUCAAAUGUCACAAAGCGUGCAAGAGCUCCAAGCUGAACAGAUGCAAAUGAAAGUUCAGGACUCUGAACUCUCCCAGAACCUGAACAGACUCCAAGAAGAGCUAAAAAACGUCGAAUCCCAGAACUCUGAGCUCUCCCAGAACCUCAACAGGCUCCAGGAGGAUCUAAUCAAGGUCAAAUCCCAAGGCUUGAAUGAGAAGCGCACAGCCUCAGAUUCUCUGGAGAAACUCCAGGAAGAGGUGGCAAAGCUGUGGAUAGAGAUGCUAAUAUCAAAGGGAGCUGUAUGCAGCACAUGUCCCAAGAACUGGCUCCAUUUCCAACAGAAGUGCUACUAUUUUGGCAAGAGCCCCAAGCAGUGGAUCCAGGCCCGAUUCGCCUGCAGUGACCUAGAAGGGCGUCUAGUCAGCAUUCACAGCCAGGAGGAGCAGGACUUCCUGACAAAACACAUCAACAAGGAUUCCUGGAUUGGCCUCCGGGAUCUCAAUGUGGAGGGACAGUUCAUAUGGAUGGAUGGGAGCCCUGUGGGUUACAGCAACUGGAGUCCAGGAGAGCCCAACAAUGCAGAGCAGGGUGAGGACUGUGUGAUGAUGCGAGAGUCCGGACAGUGGAAUGACUACUACUGCCGCAGCUUCCUGGAUGCCUGGGUGUGUGAGCAGCUGGCCACAUGUGAGGCUUCCACAUCUUUAGCCUCUGUGAGUCCAACAGGACCCACUCCAAGUAAUGAACCCUGACAAACCUCUGCUCCCCCUCUUCUGGAUUUCUCUACUACCUUCAUCAUGGAAACAGGCCCUGAGGAUCCCCCCAUACCAAGGCCUGGACCCCUCUUUGUGACUGAAGGCCUCCAUGAUUAUGCUUCCACCCAUACUGAAGCAGCUGGUAGACACCAGCUCCGCACUCAACUAAGCCCUCCUCACACCAGAGCCCCGCCAUGCAGCAUGUGUAUGGGCGGCUGCGCCAUCCAGGGAUCUGAGAACACAUUUCUGAAGGGGCUUCCUCCUCCUCCACCCUUCCUCCCACUUAAUGUCCCACAGAGCAGAGGUUCCCCUCUCCCCAGGGUCUGGCAGCGAAUCCGCCCAGCAAGUUUGUGCGCAUCAGUGAAAAGGGACCACAGCUGGUCCCCAGCACUCCCCCCCUCCUCCGAGGCUGCACCAGGUGUACUCCAGGUGGGGCCAGUAGCGGACAGUGUCAGAGACCUGAUGCCCAACACCCUCUCUGAGAAUGCAAUGCAACUGAUACAGAAGUUUACACCUUGUAUAUCUUCAUUAUAUUUCUUUUCCUACAUUAUCGUGGUAACAUGCUGAGUAGGUGUGGAA